UUUUUUUUAAAAAAAAAAUAAUAAUAAUCUAUUUUUGUGUUUGUUUAUUGAGAUUCUUUUUUUUUUACUAUGGACUUUUUCACCAACGCUUUUGUAACUCGAGAGGUAGUGGUCAAAGAUGGGAUCCAAAUUCGGGAAAAAGAGACAGACACGGUAUCGACCGGAGAUAUUAUCGAUUGUGAGGUUUGUGGCCAACUGAGAGCUAAAUACAAGUGUCCACGCUGUCUUUGUCAGACAUGUUCAUUGGCUUGUUCAAAACAACAUAAACUCGACACAACCUGUACAGGUAUUCGAUCUAGGACUCAUUAUGUCGAACGGAAACAAUAUACAGAACAAGAUAUGAUGAGCGAUUAUAACUUUUUGGAAGAAGUUGGUCGGACAGUUGACAAUGCAGCGCGCGAAAAUAUGAAGCAAAGUGGUGCAGGAUCUAAACCGAAUCGGAAACGCAUAUUUGGAGUCAAUGAUAGUAACAGCACUCAUGGUGCAAAAACAAAGCGUGGACGCCAUCAUCACCAUCGAGAUCAAAUGGAGGGAAAUGCUGCGAGCGAUGAAGAAGAAGGGGAAGACAAAUCAAUUACAAAAUUAUCCUUAUCUGCAGCACAGGAUCUGGAAAAAUUGGGAGCGGAAGGAAGCGGCACAUAUAAGGAUAAGCAACUGAUCAUGCAGGCUAGGAAACGUGCAAUUCAUCUGAUUAGGAUGCCAGAUGGAUUGAAAAAACGAAAAGAGAAUCAAACUCAUUGGAGAGACAAGCCUAGCAGAAUCAUAUGGACAAUUGAAUGGCUAUUCCCAGCAGUGGGUCCCUCUAGGCGGCUGUUGGAGCAUAAAAAUAUGGAGCUUUUGACGUUAAAGGAGCUGCUUCAAGGUUCAUUGAACAGAGCAGAAAAUAGUAAAGGAUCGGAGGAUUUAAUAGAAAGAUACCCAGUUGCAAAUCUGGAUCGGUGCCGACUUUAUUUUGUGAUCCCUUUGCGACAUGCUAAUCAGCCAGCACUGUAUCCUCUCAAGAGCACAGACACUUUACAAGAUGCACUCAAGUUCAAGAAAGUGCUUGAAUACCCCUCAAUUCUUGUCGUUGGGCCUUCUUCUUUAUCAUUUUCAUCCUCGGAACCAGGCUCAGAAAAUAUAGCUUCAUCAAUAGCAGCAAUACCAGAUGCAGGAGGUAACGCCGAGACAACAUCAAUAACAACGACAACAACAGAACCUAGAAUAAUAGCAACGGAAGUAGCCACCAUCAACCAUGAGCAGAACAUUUCGGAUAAAGUUUUGGAAAAGUACACGAUUGAGGAGCCUCCAACACAGCUAUUCAAGAAAACUGACCAACAGAAACAGCAAAACGAGAACAGUGAUGUUAAUGAUAGCGUGAGAGCCAAGAAUAACAACACUCGUAAUAACACCAUAGGGUCUGUGAACACGGAGGUGGAGGAUGAUGAAGCAGUCAAUGGCAAGAUUGAAGUAGAAGAUGAAGACGAAUCCGAAGAGGGAUCUUCUCAGGAGUCAUCUGAUGAACCUUCCUCUUCGGAUUCGGAUGACUCCAGCGACUCGGACGACGACGAUGAAUCAAGUGAUAAUGACUCGAAUUCAAGCGCUAGUUCAGAUGAAUUAGAUAAGAAUUCUGAGGGCAAUGAUGGUAGUCUUGACAAACAAAUUAGAGAGAUGGAAGACCGAUCUGCUGACGCCGAUGUUGAUGCUAAUGACCAGUCGCAUCUUGCUGUUGGACAGGCAAUCUUGGAGGCCUUUAAUCAAGACUUUGGUGAUAAUACUGAUCGCUGAGCACGAAAUAUAG